AUCCACCUCGAGACUGUGCCGCUGCUCAGGAGAUUGGAAGUCGUUUCGGAGUCUCCUACGCUUACAGUGCAGAAUAUCUCAUAUCACCUAACCCACUAUCUGUGAAGCCAUAUAUGGCUCGCUGCGAAUUUAACUUUAACCCUGGAGUUGGUGUCACUGUUUUUAAAGUGGUCAAUGGAACAGUCACCCUGCGUGCAGCAGGGACAGCCGUCAACGUCUCCUAUUAUGCUCCAUCACUGGACCAGUUGCUGGCCCUCAUUCAGCAGUCCAAGUACUGCUACCAGGGAGUCAAAUAUAACUGCAGAGCCAGUACACUGUUCAGUCAGGGUGGGUACUGGCUGAGUGCUGGAUCUACUGAUCGCCGGACCUUCUGGGGUGGCGGUCAGCCCAGGACUGGAAACCUUACUGGGGUGUGUGCUUGUGGGAAAGAGCUUAACUGUGGAGGUUUGGACUCAGCCAGUGGACAAAGAACAAGACCCUGCAACUGUGACUACGGAGAUAACACCACCAGAGCAGACGCAGGGUUCAUCAACCUGAAAGAGUACCUUCCCAUAACACAGUUCAUAGUCGGACGUUACGCACAGUUCAAGGACGCCAGCUUGACUGUUAGUGACCUCUACUGCUCUCAGAAACCUCUCAAGUUUAACGAGUGUGACCUUGGCUUCCAUGACUGCCAUCCACAAGCUACGUGUAUUGACCAGGAUGAGGGUUAUCGAUGUGUCUGCCCCCCAGGUUGGAAUGGCAAAGGUGUAGUUGUCAAUAGCCUCCAGGCUAGGGCUAAUGGGCGAGAAUGUAUUGAUGAUAACGAAUGUGUGGCCUCGGCCCCAUGCCCUUACAGCGCUACCUGUGUGAACACACCAGGGAGCUUCAGCUGCGUCUGCAAACCAGGUUAUCAACAAACUGGAGCAACCACAUGCCAGGACAUUAACGAGUGUUUGAACUCAACGCUCAAUACCUGUGACCCAAAUGCCCGCUGUGAAAAUCUGGAUGGAUCUUACAGAUGUGCCUGUAACCGUGGUUUCAGAGGAGAUGGGCGCACUUGUAUCCCAAUUGGUCAGUGUGUGUGCUUCGGUGACCCUCACUGCAGAGGUUACGAUAACCUGUGGCUACAUAACCAGGACGUUUGCAAUUUUGUUAUGUCUCAGGAUGGGUGCCAGCCAGGACAAGCGCAGACAUUCAGGGUAGAGAUCGAGACCUGGCAGAGAAAUGGUUCGAGACCUGGCCAGUACGCCUAUGUGAAAUCUUUGACGGUUCACAUUUUUGAUAAAGUGAUCCGACUACAGCAAGGUGGCAAGAUCAUUGUGGAUGGCCAGCUAGUCCGGCAGUUUUAUGAUGGUCAUCGAUUCAGCAUCAUAGUUGUCAACAAUAAGAUUCAACUGAAGACAGUGUUCGAGUUAGUGGUGCUAUGGGAUGGGGCGGAUGUCGUGGAGAUUACAGUCCCCAAGAAUGCCAAGGACAAUGUUUGUGGCCUGUGUGGCAACUACAACGGUAACCCUGCUGAUGAUACAGUACAAGGUCCUGCAUGUCCUGCCACGGCUGGCCAGCUGACAGAGAAUGAGCGCUUGUUUGCCCAGUCCUGGAUUGUUGGGGACACCAACUGCAAGGCCAACUGCCACCCUGACCAGCCGACCUCAUCUGAUGACUCCUGCUUCCACCCCAAGGCCAUCAUUGAGAGAGAAUGCAACAAGUUGUUUGAUGCUCAGUCUUCCCCUUUCAAGGACUGUCUGAAGCUGAAGAAUGCAGCCGACCUGGGAGAGUUCCUGGACUCGUGCGUCUAUGACCUGUGUCACGAUGACGACCUUGAUGAGGCAAUCUGCAGGUUUGCUGAGACCUUGGCCUGGGACUGCUCUGACAAUGAGCAGGCUGAUGUCAAGGGCUGGAAGUCCCGUGUUGACGCUUGCACUGUUCCUACAUGUCCCAACAACCUUGUUUACAAAGUCUGCGGCACUUACAAUCCUCGGACAUGUUUAACACUCAACCAGCAGCCGAUCGGCCAGUCGGACACGUGCAGUGAGGGAUGUUUCUGCGAAGGUGGCCUCAUUCUGGAAGGGGAUAAAUGUAUCAGCCCGGAGAAGUGUGGAUGUCUCUACCUCGACAAAUACCUGGCGGUUGGAGAUAAAGUUGUCUUCCCAGAUUGCUCCUCUGAGAUCCAUUGUGUGAGCAACAAUGAAACGUCUGAAAUCCCAAAGGGGUGUGGCAGUAAUGAAGAAUGCAGAACAGAGAAUGGAAUUACUGGAUGCUACUGCAAGGAAGGAUACAUAGAAAACAGCAGAAAUGAAUGUGAACCUGACAUUUGUUUCAACGUUGAGUGUCCGAUUGCAAACAUGGCUUGCAUCAAUGGCACCUGUCUCUGCAAAGAGGGCUAUAUCGGAGACUGCAACCAGUGUCAAGAUGUGGACGAGUGUGCAACCGGUGUUUCAGGCUGUAAUAUGAUUGGCCAGACCUGUCUGAACACUGAUGGCUCUUUCCGAUGUGUGUGUGAGCAGGGUUACAUUGGUAAUGGCUACAAAUGUAAAGAUAUAGAUGAAUGUGAAUACCAGAUUGACAACUGUGGGGCAAACUCGCAGUGUGUCAACACACCUGGAGGUUUUCUGUGUGAGUGCUGCGCUGGAUACUCCAAGAGCAGCUCAGGGACAUGUGUUCGUAAGUAUCCUAAAUACCAGCUGGCAAGUCUUCUUUAUGCUUUUUCUUUUUCCUACCAACUGUCACAAAAUGUGCUCUAUAAUGCUUUACAGAGCAUGCUAAAAAUCUGGCACCCACAAUGA